UUGUGCCACUUUUUUUUUUUUUUUUUUAAGUACAGCACCAGGAACUGAACCCAGGGCCUCACACUCAUACCGCUGAGUGACCUCCAGGUCCAUGUCUUUACUGUUUUAUUUCUUCAACGGAGAGAAAGAGAGACAUCUUGUGCUGUCCACAGACCCAGGAGCUCAUGCAGGGAUAGCCACUCACUGUACUAGGUGGGCCACUUCAUGACCCCUGGAUGUGUUUUUUUUGUGUAACUCUGGAGUCUAUACUAGGGGUUGGGUGGUGGCACAGCCAGUUGAGCACACAAUUACCAUGCACAAGGACCCAGGUUCCAGCCCUUGAUCCCCACCUGCAGCAGGGAAGCUUCAUGAGCAGGGAAGCAGGGCUGCAGGUAUCUGUCUUGCUCUCUCCCUAUCCCCUCCCCACUUCAGUUGUUCUCUUUCCUAUCAAAUAAAACAGAAAAAAUGGCCUCCAGAAUACGAUGUGCCAGCACUAAGCCCCAGCGAUAACCCUGGUGUGGCAAUUGAAAAGAGAGAGAGAGUGUGUGUGAGUCAGUCAGUCUGCGCUAGGCGCUAGAUGGUGGCACACCCAGUUAAGCACACAAAGUAUGAAGUGCAAGGACCAGAUCAAGAAUCCAGGUUCAGGCCCCCAUCCCCCACCUGCAGGGGGAAGCUUCACAAGCAGUGAAGCAGGUCUGCAGGUGUCUGUCUUUCUCUUUCCUCUCUAUCUCCCCCUCCUCUCUCAAUUUCUCUCUGUCCUGUCCAAUAAAAUGGAAUAAGUGGCCUCCAGGAGCAGAAGAUUCGUAGUGCCUGCACCGAGCCCCAGCAAUAACCCUGGAGGCAAAAAAGAGAGGAGAGAGAGAGAGAGGGAGAGAGAGGCUGUGCUGAACCUGUUCCUGCUUUCAGUUAAGCUAGCUGGUCUUUUAAGGGGCCACCUUACCCCACUCCCUGCACUUCCACCUGUCAAACAGUUUAUAAUAUUUUUGAUUCUUUGUUCCAUCUCUGACACCCCCCUGCUACCCCAGCCCAGCUAUGAGGGACCCCCCCCCCAGUGUUUCCCUGCAGUCAAUACUGAAGGCAGGCCUGUGGAAACACCCGCUCUGACACCCCCAAAACAGCAGCCUCAGUCACCAGCAGCUGCCCCUUUACUCCAGCCACCCAUGAAACACAUCCUUUGCCUGUGUGUAGAGAGCCCAGCAGAAAGCCAGGCCCAGCAUGCCCCGGCCAGGUGAAGCGGAUCUGCCCUUCCUGUGGCCCAGAGCCUGUGGAGCAUAUCAUCUCGUUCCUGCCUGUCCGGGAUGUGGUGGCACUGGGCCAGACCUGCCACUACUUCCACGCAGUGUGUGACGCCGAGGGCGUGUGGAGGCGCAUGUGCCGCAGGCUCAGCCCCCGUCUCCGGGAGCAGGGCUCGGGGGUCCGGCCCUGGAAGAGAGCCGCCAUCCUCAACUACACCAAGGGGCUGUACUACCAGGCGUUCGGGGGGCGCCGGCGCUGUCUCAGCAAGAGCGUGGCCCCGCUGCUGGCCCACGGCUACCGCCGCUUCCUGCCCACCAAGGACCACGUCUUCAUCCUCGACUACUCAGGGACCCUCUUCUUCCUUAAGAAUGCCCUGGUCUCCUCCACACUGGGCCAGAUCCAGUGGAAGCGGGCCUGCCGCUACGUGGUGCUAUGUCGGGGAGCCAAGGACUUUGCCUCCGACCCGCGAUGUGACACGGUUUACCGCAAGUACCUCUACGUCCUGGCCACGCGGGAACAGCCGGGCAUGGUAGGUGCCACAGGGCCGCGGGCCUGCGACUGUGUGGAGGUCUACCUGCAGUCCAGUGGGCAGCGGGUCUUCAAGAUGACCUUCCACCACUCCAUGAGCUUCAAGCAGAUCGUGCUAGUGGGCCAGGAGACGCAGCGGGCGCUGCUGCUGCUCACAGAGGAGGGGAAGAUCUACUCACUGGUAGUGAAUGAGACGCAGCUGGAUCAGCCCCGCUCCUACACGGUGCAGCUGGCCCUGCGGAAGGUGUCCCGCUGCCUACCGCACCUGCGUGUCACCUGCAUGGCCUCCAACCAGAGCAGCACCCUGUACAUCACAGACCAGGGGGGAGUGUAUUUUGAGGUGCAUACACCAGGGGUGUAUCGAGAUCUGUUCGGGACCCUCCAAGCCUUUGACCCCCUGGACCAACAGAUGCCGCUUGCUCUCUCACUUCCUGCCAAGAUCCUGUUCUGCGCUCUUGGCUACAACCACCUGGGACUGGUGGACGAGUUUGGCCGGAUCUUCAUGCAGGGGAACAACAGAUAUGGGCAGCUAGGGACAGGGGACAAAAUGGACCGUGGGGAACCAACGCAGGUUCAGUACCUGCAGCGCCCCAUCGCCCUGUGGUGCGGCCUCAACCACUCCCUGGUGUUGAGCCAGGACUCUGACAGCAACAAGGAGCUGCUGGGCUGCGGCUGCGGCGCGGGGGGCCGACUCCCCGGCUGGCCCAAGGGCAGCGCCUCCUUUGUCAAGCUCCAAGUGAAGGUCCCCCUGUGCGCCUGCGCCCUGUGCUCCAGCCGGGAGUGUCUCUACAUGCUGUCCAGCCACGACAUCGAGCAGCACCUGGCUUACCGCGACCUGCCGGCUGGCAGGACAGCGGGGACUCCCGAACUUGGCCCAGCCGCCGGAGCCCCCCAGGACCCCGGCGGGGCUGCGCGGGCCCUCGAGGAGUAUCUGAACCAGGUGCACAGCUGCCCCACGCUGCAGGCCCGCGUGGCCAAGAUGAGAGAGAUCGUGGGCUGGUUGCCCCUGCCCAGCGCCCAGCGCGACUUCUUCUGGGGGGCCCUGGACAUGCUGCAGAGGGCAGCCGCAGGGGGCAGCCCUGGGUCCCCCGCCCCUGAGAGCUGACCCCUUGCCAGAGCCGCCUCACCCCGGGGGGGCCAGGUGCCCAGGGAUGCAGCGAACCCUGGUGGAAGGGCCGCAAGGCGUGGCCCCCAGGGCAGAGCUCGGAUUUAGACAAUGUCGGGGGGCUGCCCAGGAGGUCCCCCCACCUGACUAGCAUGGACAACAGAGUUCAUGGACGAAUAGAAUAAAAGGCUGAAUGGAGA